AGCCACCCCCUGUCCCUUCUUUAUGCUUGACCCCUAUGGACAGAGGACUUUGUAGAGCCAAAGAGUUAAGAUUUUUCUACAACCCCUCAACUGGAAGAUGUCGCCCAUUUAGCUACAGUGGUUGUGGUGGGAAUGAAAACAAUUUCACCUCCAGAAAGUCAUGUUUGAGGAGCUGCAAGAAAG